CUCGUAUGACUUCGCUUUUCAUUCAACCCCACGAUCGCAUGCUGAAUCUUUUUCCAUGAGCCUUGACGCUUUCUUCGCCUUCAAGUCACCAGUACCUAUUCACAGAGUCCUCGUUUCUGGUCUUCACUCGGAAUCAUCCUCGUCCUAACCUUCGCAAUGUGCUGCUGGCCAUUCACCGACCUGGAAAUCGAAAGCCCCCCUCGAGUGGUCUAUUACAAUCCUAGGUACACGUCUCAUGGUGCACCGCGUCUUGAAGAUCAAGCGACAACCUACACCUACGUCCCGAGAACCAGUGGCCCAACUUACCCUCCCUCCGCAUACGGGUAUCAGGCUCCCAUCGAAGGAUCUCAUCAUAUGCAAUACCCUCAAUAUUAUGGCCAGCAGGGAGCCGCCCUCGACGGCGCCUACUACACCAACGCCGGCGUCCUCCCCCUCACUCCCGGCCAACCCGGCUACAUCCCCGGCUACAACCCGCUCGCCACCCCCUUCUACCCCGCCCAACCAAACCCCAUUAUGCAGCAACCCCUCGUCGGCAACCCGCAAGCACCCCAAGCUUACUACUACGGUCGCACCGAAGCCGAAGUCGCCGAAGACGAGGCGCGCGCGUGGGUGGCCGGCGCGCCUGAGCGCACGGGCGAUAUCGCGCCGGACAACGCGAAGUUCGACGAUAUGUUCUAUGUCAUCGAUCUGGAUGGCACGAGGGAUCAGCGCAGCUUUGCGACCAUCAUGAAUGCGUGCAAGCCGGGGAGGUGGCAUAAGGAUAUUUAUGGGUCGUUUUUCUUCGUGCGUCAUCAGCCGGCGCCGAAGUGAUGGCGGGGAGAUGAUAUCGCCUUGCGAGUUAGGUGAUGACGAGAUGGUUUGUGGGC